GACAGAGAAGAAGAAUGUUGUAUUCACACACAACGAGGAAUUUACCAAAACGGUUAGGCUUCCUACUACACCCGAGGUAGUAGGUAAACAAUGUCUAGUAUGUCAUGACCCCAACCAUAGAAUCAGAGAAUGUGAGGUUUUUCGGAAAUUAGAUAUAGACGAACGAUGGAAAACAAUUCAGAAGCACUCUCUCUGUAGGUGUUGCUUGUUUUCGCAUGGACGUCGUCCCUGUAAGAUGAAAACGCGUUGUGGCAUUGGCGGCUGCGAAUACAAGCAUCACCCGUUACUGCAUUCGACGAACGUAGUGCGUGCGAAGUUGAGCGGGUAUGCUAAUGUAAACAAUCACAAUCGGGAAGGAUUUUCAUCAUUAUUCCGCAUUGUGCCUGUAAUUUUGCAAGCGAGAGACCGUGUAGGGAAGACGUUCGCAUUCCUCGACGAUGGUUCUUCGAUAACACUCAUGGAGAAGAGUAUCGCCGACCAGCUAGGCGUGAAAGGCGAAAGUGAAGAUUUGUGUCUUACUUGGACUGCGAGCGUCAAAAGGGUUGAAGAGGCGUCGCUGAAAAUCGACUGUCAUAUAUCCGGGUCUAACUCAUCACGAGUUUAUAAACUUUCGAAUGCACGAACUGUGCAUAAUCUCGCUUUACCAAAGCAGUCACUCAAUUAUGGUGAUUUGCUUCAACGGUAUCCGCAUCUGCAAGGAUUGCCUAUCGAAAGUUACGUAAAUAUUACGCCGCGGGUUCUGAUUGGAAUCGACAACGCUCAUUUGGCUGUUCCGCUCAAGACGCGCGAGGGAAAUAUGGGUGAUCCCAUCGCUACAAAGACACGAUUAGGAUGGUCAGUGCACGGAACUGCUACAUUAGCUAUGAAAAACGAUUACAAUUUGUACAUACGUGAGAGUGCGGAGGAUAUGGCGACUUUGCACGAGCUUGUCAAGCACUAUUUUUCGGUGGAAUCGUUGGGAAUAUCGCUGCAAGAAGCUCCCGACUCCAGAGAAAAUCAACGCGCCCUACACCUUCUACAGACAACCACGAAGCGCGUCGGAACACGGUAUGAAACCGGUUUGUUAUGGAGAUACGACGAAUUUGAAUUGCCAGAUAGUUACGCCAUGGCCCUCCGAAGACUGAUAUGUCUUGAACGACGAAUGAAAGAGAAUCCUGAGAUUGGUAGAAGUGUUACAAAGCAAAUGGAUGAAUAUCAGCACAAAGGUUAUAUCCAUUUGGCUACCGCAGAAGAAUUGAAUGACGCCGAUCCGCGGAGGAUUUGGUAUCUUCCACUUGGGGUAGCACUAAAUCCAAAAAAGCCUGGGAAAAUACGGAUUUUUUGCGACGCAGCGGCUACCGUAGAUGGUAUUUCCCUUAACACUAUGUUAAUUAAGGGCCCCGAUCUUCUCACUUCUCUUUCCGGCGUACUCAGCGGUUUUCGAGAGCGCAAGGUGGCCAUUUGCGCCGACAUUCGGGAAAUGUUCCACCAGAUCUUGAUGAAAAAGGAGGACAGACAUGCUCAGCGAAUCCUUUGGAGAAACGACUCAUCCAUGAUACCUCAAGUUUACCUCAUGGAUGUUGCGACGUUUGGGUCGACUAGUUCGCCCUGCUCGGCUCAAUAUGUUAAAAACAUUAACGCCCGAGAAUUUGCAAAUCAGUUUCCACAUGCGGCAGAUGCGAUUGAACGCAAGCACUAUGUGGAUGACUAUUUGGACAGCGUAGACAGCGUAGCGGAUGCCAUCAAGAGAGCGGAGGAAGUAAAAUAUAUCCACUCCCGCGGAGGUUUUGAGAUACACUCAUGGUUAUCGAACAGUGAGGAGUUUCGGAAACGGGUCGGAGAUACUAAGCCCGUCACAGAGAAAAGUCUUGCGGUAUCCAGUAAUCCGCACGGGAUGGAGCGAGUGUUGGGAAUGCAGUGGAUCCCAACGGAGGACGUGUUCACAUAUACAGCGGCGUCCGAUCCAGUGCCAGUUUGGCCGACGAAACGAGAGGUCUUGUCAACCGUUAUGAAAAUAUUCGACCCUUUGGGCUUACUUUCGCAUCUCAUUGUUCAUGGGAAAGUUCUCAUAGAAGACAUUUGGCGUAGUAAGACUGGAUGGGAUGAUCCCGUACCGGAAGCCUUAACGGCUCGAUGGCAAAAAUGGACAGAGCUGCUUCGUAAGCUGUAUUUAGUUCGGAUUCCACGUUGUUAUUUUCCCGAUAAAAUAUCGCCAGAAAUCGAGUCUAUUCAGCUGCACGUGUUUGUGGACGCGAGCGAAUCAGCGUAUGCUUGUGCUGCAUACUUUCGUGCUAUUGUUUCGGGAAAAAUCCAAUGUUCACUCGUGGCGGGCAAAUCGAAAGUAGCCCCUCUCAAGAGUUUGACGAUUCCAAAGUUGGAGCUGCAAGCGGCAGUGAUAGGUGCGCGGUUGCUUAAAAGUAUCUGUUCCACUCACACUUUACCCAUCCAUCAGAGGUUUGUCUGGACCGAUUCGCGUACAGUGCUUUCGUGGAUUGUAUCUGAUCAACGUAUCUACCGUCAGUUUGUCUCGGUCCGCGUAGGUGAAAUUCUCACUCUGACGAGCCCGGCGAAUUGGAGAUGGAUCGCUAGUAAGCAGAACGUGGCGGACGAGGCAACGAAAUGGGGAACCGGCCCUAAUCUAGAACCCGACAGUCGAUGGUUUCGAGGGUCCAGUAUUCUAUAUGAUUCUCAGAACCGAUGGCCAAAACAACCGGAAGUGAUUUCCGGUACCAAUGAGGAACGGCGAGUUUGUGUAAUUCAGCAUACGAAAACAGUAAAGCUUAUUUCAUGGGACAGGUUUUCGCGAUGGACCAGAUUAUUGCGUACGGUGGGUUAUGUUUUGCGCUACGUGGACAAUCUUCGAUUGAAGCGCAUCGCACUUCCAAUCAAUGUGAAAUUCUUACAGCAAAAAGAGUUGCAGAUGGCUGAAAUGCUUAUUUUCCGCAACAUGCAAAAGGAAGCGUACGCGAGUGAGAUAGCUAUCCUGUCUUCGUGGAAGAAAAUGCAAAGCAGUGGAAUAGAUCCGACGUUCGAGAGUGAUAGUAAACUGAAUUCCCUUUCUCCCUUCUUGGAUGAGGAUGGAGUUUUGCGCAUGGAAAGCCGUAUAGCUGAAGCAGCCUUUGCGUCAUACGACAUGAAAAAUCCGAUCAUAUUGCCACGUGAUCACUGUGUUACCAAGCUUAUUAUAGCAUGGUACCAUGAGAAAUAUCUUCAUUGUAACGCGGAGACCGUGGUGAAUGAAAUUAAGCAACGUUUUCACGUUUCACGGCUGAGAGUGAUAGUGAGACAAGUUACCAAAAGCUGUAUGCACUGCAAAGUACGCAAAGCUACACCUGCAAUUCCACGGAUGGGUCCGCUGCCGGGUGCAAGGUUGAGUGCGUUUAUUCGUCCGUUCUCUUUCGUUGGGCUGGAUUAUUUCGGACCUAUGCAAGUGCGAGUCGGACGAAGCAGAGUCAAGCGGUGGGUCGCCUUAUUCACCUGCUUGUCGAUACGAGCAGUGCACCUCGAGGUUGUGCAUUCUCUUUCUACGAUGUCGUGCAAGAUGGCAGUUAGGCGAUUUGUGGCGCGUCGUGGAUCUCCACUUGAGUUUUACAGCGAUAAUGGCAGCAACUUUGUGGGUGCAAGCAACGAGUUAAAAUGCGAAAUGAAAUCGAUCAACGGACAGUUGUCGGAAACCUUUACUAAUACCAACACAAAAUGGUUGUUUAAUCCACCUUCUUCUCCACACAUGGGGGGAUCGUGGGAAAGGCUUGUGCGUUCGGUGAAGAUAGCCUUUGCGGCCAUGAGUACGUCCAGAUGCCCUGAUGAAGAGACGUUCGCUACUAUAUUAGCCGAAGCCGAAGGAAUUGUCAACUCCCGACCUCUUACGUUUAUUCCAUUAGACGUUGGUACCCAGGAAGCCCUCACACCGAAUCAUUUUAUCUUAGCGAGUUCCAGUGGUGUGAUACAACCAACGAAGACUCCGAUCGAACUAAGAGCUGUGUGCAAGAGUGAUUGGAACCUUUGCCGGCAUUUGAUUGAUCUGUUCUGGCGAAGAUGGGUGAAGGAAUAUUUACCAACGAUUACUCGACGGACGAAGUGGCACAAGGAUACGCGAUCGUUGAUGCCCGGAGAUCUGGUCAUAAUUAUUGAAGAAUCUGUGCGAAACGGGUGGAUCAGGGGACGCGUGAUUGAAACGCGGCCUGGACGCGAUGGACGUGUACGUCAAGCUGUAGUUCAAAAGGUGACUUAGUUGUAAGACAGUAAGAUUAGUUGGCAGCUCGGAUAAAUAACGAGAAAAAAUACGUUGAACUUUCAUUACGGUAAGACGCGUGAAUUCGGUUAGAUUUAAUUUAAUAAUUUACUACGAAGUGAACUGAAUUUAUUGUAACACUAAAUAUUACUUAACUGAAUUGUUGGGAUGUACUGCAAUUAAAACUUUGAGGUUAUAUAUUAUGUGAGUAAAAGUAUUAUUGAUUUCAUAAAACAAAGUAUAAAAUUAAAUAAAGUUUUAGCUUUUAGCUACAUUCACU